AUGAUUACGUCGCGUCUUGGUACAACGUUUCGAGUUGCCAAUCGAUUUCACCAGCCAAAUCACAUCACGCAUGCCAAAGUCACCAGCCAUCAUGGGUCAACCUGUAUUGGUCUCUUGAUACCUUAUCCAGAUGAAAUCUUGUUCGAGACUCACAAAUACAUCGAUUCAUCGGUUGUGGGUGCUGUAAUGAUCGUUGGAGGAAGAAUGGAAGAUAGUCGCACUGGAUACAACCGCCCACGGGUACUUAUUGGUAUACAAGUCAAGGCAAAGAUCAUGCAACUUGAAUCCUGGACUCUAUCAAGCCUACAAAAGCAAGCUGUGAUCCAUGUCCUAUCAAUCUUCGGCAAUCGUCGCAAGUCUGGAUUACGUGUUCGGCCGUCUCUCACAAAGCAUUUACGUGAUUUGGAUGUAUCAAGACUUACUCUGGGUGAGACUUUGUUCCCUCCUUUAUGGAUUGGUAGCAUCAUUGUCUGGAAUGGAUGCUUUACAGGGUGUAUCAAGGUAAGUUGCAUGUAUACCAAGUUAGAUUGCGAAGCUAAUUCUGUGGAUAAAAAUACUAUAGAUGGUGCGAAAUUUGAUGCUCAAGAUGCCAAAAUGCUUGGAGCUUUCAGCUAUACCAAAGAACGAUGCCAGCAAUUUCUCAAGUAUACCAAAGAGUCGCCAUCCCCUAUUGUGAAGCUUGCCCUUAUGCAUUACUAUGAGAGUCGAGAGGAAUGGAUCAGCGCAUUGAAAGUGACGAAAGAAUUGGAAGCGAUGCCAGCACAUAUUAGACAUCAUCCUGCAUACGAAGCUCGGUCCGUGCGUCAAUCAAUGCCCGACACUUUGCGUCAUUUGCCGGAAGAGAUCAUGCUCAAUCCUCGAGGACAAGCUACUGGGGAAUACAAGGAUUUCUUCGAUACACCUGGCAAGGAUGCUGGCUUCAAACUAUUUGGAAUGGCUCUUCGAGGUCGAUUGAAUGAGCGUAAACGAAAAGCAGAGGAGCAAGCAGAAGCAUUCCCCAACAAACGAUAA